AUGCUAGAUCCAGCAGUUGAUGCUUUCGGUUGGAUUGAUUUCUCAAAAAUUACCAAUGAUGAAGACAGUCAGAAGGUUCCCACAACGAAAAGAGAUUUACAGCGCAUUCUGAAACUCGAAAACCAAGAGGAAUGGGUUCACUGGCUACAAUCAGAACUGGUAAAGCCCUUUUGGGUUGAACUUUGGGACAGUUAUCUGUCAAAGCGGAAUAGCACUGAACGAUCAGUUGGACUCGGUGAGAUUCAGGCAAUUAUACUUGGAGAAUCGGGUGAUGCUCAAUACCGUUCACUUUAUCCCAACAAAAACAAAAUUGUGUGGGGUCUGAAAGGGUACCAAACACAAAUUGACUCUCCAUCCUAUAUUGCAACCUCCACUGGUGGGAUAGCAAUAUUUGGAACAAUUCAUCCUAUUAUAGGCCACCGUACUUUACCAACCACUGAUCCGAAAAAGUCGGAGGCCAACAAAACCGAAAUCAUUAUUGGGGAAAGUUCAGGCGGACCCAGGGGAAGUGGUGCAAGUGAAGCAAGUGAAGCAAAUGAGGUUAUUGAAGGGGUUGAAAGCGUUGGGGAUGUCGAAGAACUGACUGCCGGUGAAGUUCUUGUGUACACUAAAAUACCUGAAGCUACCAAAGGAGAUAUUACAGGCCCUGGCAUCGAAGCCUGGAGUAAGGAUCUACACUUUAAAGCAGAGCAGGAUUAG